AUGGAGAUGAAGAAGAAGAAGGAAAAAUUAAAUCCAAGUCCCAGUUGUAAUGACUGGACGAGAAAGGCGGAGCAGUUACUGACAGCAGCAGAAGCAGGGGCCGCAGCAACAACAAGCAGCAGAGCAGAAGCGGCGCCGCAGCAACAACAGCAUAGCAGAAGCAGGAGCCGCAGCAACAGCAAUAGCAGAAGCAGCAGCAACAACAGCAGAAGCAGAAGCAGCAGCAACAACAGCAGAAGCAGAAAGCCGCAGCACAGCAAUAGCAGAAGCAGCAGCAACAACCAGAAGCGAAGUAGCAGCAACAACAGCAGAAGCAGAGCAGCAGCAACAACAGGAGAAGCAGAAGCAGAAAUAGCAACAGCAACAGGAGCAGCAGAAGCAGAAAUAGCAGCAGCAGCAACAACAACAACAGCAACAGCAGAAGAGGAAUUGCGACAGCAAAAGUAG